UUGAAUCAAUAUUACAAUACCGAUUUCAGGGGUACCAUUGGAGAGAAACAACUACUUCUUGAAUCUGAGGUUACCCUUUUCGAUGAGAGGACAGUCUGGGUUGCCGGUGGCACUGUCUCAACCUAUUUUAACAAUGCCUUCUUUUCUGUCUGGAAUGGGGGAAUGAAGGAUGAUUUCCUCACACUUGCCAACAAGUAUAAAGGCUAUGAAUUAUGGAUUGUUGGCCAUUCCCUCGGCGGAGCUAUGGCAUCACUGGCUGCGUCGUACAUUGAAAAUAAGAAGCUAUACGAUGGGAACCUGAUCAAACUGGUGACUUUUGGCCAGCCAAGAAUUGGAGAUAAAGCCUUUGCAAAGGCACAUGAUGCUCAGAUUCCAUAUUCAUUUCGUGUCGUUCAUGCUCAUGACAUCGUUCCACAGAGCCCGUUAAAAGGAUUCCGAAAUUACUGGCAUCACAAAUCAGAGGUAUGGUACAACAACAAUAUGACAACUGCCGAUUACGUCGAAUGCGAUGCGGACGAGAGCGAAAAGUGCAGUGAUCAGGUCCCCAUACUCGAGCUUACAUUCUAUGAUCACCAUCGCUACUAUAACGUGUAUAUAUCGGAAUGGGGAGCUGCAGGAUGCACAGGCAAUCCGGCAAAUCCGCCUACCACGGGGUCUAAAUAA